CCUCGUUCCUGCAGUGUGUUUCAUUUACAAUGGGAGAGACUUGGAACUAUAUAAAAGGCCUCCAACCCUUUGCCUCUCACAAUCUGCUGCCCUGGUCAGCAUCUGCUUCCCCCUGUGAAUUAGGUGUUCCCCGACAACUCCAACAUGAUCUACUCUUCUGGAAGAGAAUCAUACUUCAACUUGAAUUCAACCUGGUACGAUCCCUCGGGGUCCUGGCUGGACACCCGGCGCACCCCCUUCCGCUAUGGCUACAACACUUGCUGCUCGGGAUGCAACAGUGAAGGCGUUGAAGGGAUGAGAGGGCACAACUACCGUCACUAUGGCUACCGGCAGCCAGUCUGCUCCGAGAGGUGCCAUGGCUAUGCUGUGUCUGAUUCCUGCCAUGGAGGUGGCUCAAGCUGUGUCAGGAGACCCACAUACAGCUAUGGAACAUCAGGGGGAUGCCAGAGCUAUGGGAGGUCAGUCUGCUCCGAGAGAUGCCAAGGAUCCUCAGGUUCAUGCCAUGGAGGUGGUUCAAGCUGUGUCCGGAGACCCACAUACAGCUAUGGAACAUCAGGGGGAUGCCAGAGCUAUGGGAGGUCAGUCUGCUCCGAGAGAUGCCAAGGAACCUCAGGUUCAUGCCAUGGAGGUGGUUCAAGCUGUGUCCGGAGACCCACGUACAGCUAUGGAACAUCAGGGGGAUGCCAGAGCUACGGGAGGUCUGUCUGCUCUGAGACGUGCCAUGGAUCAGGGUACCAAGGUGGGAAGCCAUGCUACAGCAAGCCAACGCAGUGCAUCACCCAGUGCCCCCCAGUGCAGACCUAUCCCUCCCCAGUGCAGCAAGGCUGUGUGCCCGUGGCAAAGUGCAUCCCAAGCCAGCAGCAAAAGCAGGUCUGCAAAGUGCCAGCCCAGAAGACAAAAUAGAGGACACGAGGAAUGGGGAUGAAUGGGGGAACCUUCUCCCUCUUGCAAUAUUGCCUUGACGGGUGGCAUGUCCUGUCUUGUUCAGGCAUCUCCACUCUUCCUGUCAUUUUGCUUGUAACAUGCUUUGAAAGUGUAACUCACUGUCUCUGUGAAACAUUAAGUGCUGUUCCCCUCAUUUCACAGCAGAUGUGGAGGCAAUAAAAAACUAUGGUUCAUAA